AUGGCUGCUGCCAAGGCCAUUGACGUCGCGCCGCGAACGAACACGGGCUUCGACAACGUUAGCGACGCAGCGGGCGCCUCCUCAUCUCGAAAUCGGCCGGAUAACAGAUUACGUACCGACCUCAACCAGAAUAGCUACUUCGAGUCUGAUCGAGUAAUAAAAUGCGGCUAUGUUGAGAAGAGGACAAAAACCAAGAACUGGAAGACGGUGUACCUCGUCUUGCGGCCAAACACGCUAUCGAUGUAUAAGAACAAUAGAGAGACAAAACUUCGCCAUCAGGUGCACCUCUCGGAUCUUUCCGCCGUUGCCUAUCUCAAGGAUCCCAAGCACAAGCGCGACCAUGUCUUUGGGCUCUUCUCCCCGUCUCGCAACUAUCACUUUCAAGCGCUGUCACAGCAAGACGCCCAGGAGUGGGUAGAAACCAUACGGAGAGAAACACGGAUAGAGGAGGAGGACGAGCUGUUCCUCUCAAGCCCUUUGGGUCGGAGUGCAUCACCCAUGGGACUAAUGCCGACGGGAAAAAGCGGCCCGCCACAUGCCUUGGACGGUCACGACGCAGGCAGGGUGUUGUCAAGCUCGCCCGAGACCUACGGGCCUCCAGAGUCGGGGUUUGUGAUGGACGCGGAUAGUAGACGAAGGUCAUAUUUCCUCGACUCAUCAGGCAUGUCGGGUAACGAGCUACCGUCGCAUUCUGAUCUGUCAGACAACGAGACACCGAGACCUCCAGGUUUGUUGAUGGACAAUUCCGCAGAGGGCCUGUCAUCUGUGAGCGUGGAGCUAACUGCGCGCCUAGCCACUACAAACCUUUCGGGCAGCCAAACAAGUAUUUCCAACAACCUGGGCAGCAGUGGCCUUGGCGCUCCGGGAGAACGACAUCCCGACAGAGUCAUCUGGCAAGGGCGGCUCUGGCAGCUACGGAGUAGAGGGGUGAGGCCAUGGAGGGAAAUGUGGGGAGUGCUCCGACCCAGAAACCUCAUUCUCUAUAAGGACCAGGAUGAGUAUACGGCUCAGUUGAUUCUUGGACUCUCUGCUGUUGUCGAUGUUGUGGAUACGGAUUCCGUCAAGAACAAGGACAAUUGCGUGCAGAUUAUCACGGAAGAGAAGAGCUACAGGUUCUGCUUCCGUGACGAAGAGGCGCUGGUGCAGUUUAUUGGAGCCUUCAAGAGCCUGCUUGCGAAGCGGCGAGGGCUUGAGGCGAGGGCGGCUACGUCGUCUCUAUGA